GGUGGCCGCCGCUCGGCACCGCCGUGCUUAACAAGACCGCGCACGCACCGGCGCACCUAACCCCGGUCCGCGCACUGUCCUGCUUGUUAAAUAAGCACAGCCACUGCACUGACCGCACCCCCACCCACCACUUGCCGGCCACCAUCACCAAUCCCCCCAGCCAGCGCGGAUCGAGCGAGCCCGCCGUCGCCGUCGCCGAGCUCCGUCAUGGCCGCCGCGCUGAGGGCUGCGCCGCCGUCCCCGGCCACCGCCAGGCCCGCGGAAGGCUUCGCCAAGGCGGUGGCGGCGUCGCGGGUCGCGGCAGGCGGCGGCGUCGGGGCGGCCGGGAAGAGGAAGGCGCGCGGCGUGGCGGUCCGGGCGUCGCUGUUCUCGCCCAAGCCCGCGGCGGCCAAGGACGCGCGGCCGUCCAAGGUGCAGGAGCUCUACGUGUACGAGAUCAACGAGCGGGACCGCGAGAGCCCCGCGUACCUGCGCCUCAGCGCCAAGCAGACGGAGAACGCGCUGGGCGACCUCGUGCCCUUCACCAACAAGGUGUACAACGGGAGCCUGGACAAGCGGCUGGGCAUCACCGCCGGCAUCUGCGUGCUGAUCCAGCACGUCCCCGAGCGCAACGGCGACCGGUACGAGGCCAUCUACAGCGUCUACUUCGGCGACUACGGCCACAUCACGGUGCAGGGCCCGUACCUGACCUACGAGGAGUCGUUCCUGGCCGUCACGGGCGGCUCCGGCGUCUUCGAGGGCGCCUACGGCCAGGUGAAGCUCCACCAGAUCGUCUUCCCCUUCAAGAUCUUUUACACCUUCUACCUCCGGGGCAUCCCGGACCUGCCGCGGGAGCUGCUCUGCACGCCCGUCCCGCCCUCCCCCGCCGUCGAGCCCACCCCCGCCGCCAGGGCCGCCGAGCCCCACGCCUGCGUCAACAACUUCACCAACUGAUGGCCAUGGCGGCUUCUGGUUUCAUGUGGAAUUAAUUGUGUACGGCUAUGGCUAGUUUCCUUCGCUUGGACGGACGGACGGACGAUUCGUCGUCGUAGACUCGUAGUAGUAGAGCAAAAUAAGAGAGGAGGGAGAGAGCUGCGUGCUCCGCUUCGCUUGGCUGCUGGCUCCUCUCCCUCUCCUGAUUGUGAUCGAUUAGCAAGCUAAAGCAGUUGAGAUGGCGAAGAGGAGAUAUUUCCUUG